AUGUUCAAAUGGAUUGACCUGGCAUGUAAGAAGGAACCUCGGUUUGAACGCAUUGCAUGGCUGAAAUUCACAGUUGUUCCUCUUAUCACUUGGGAUGAGUAUAACUUCGAUGCUAUUGCUAUGCAAUAUGGGAAAAUUUUAACUCAAGCAAAGACGUUUGCUUCCUGUUCUGACAUAUCCUAUGGCAAGGUUGGAAUUAUUACAUCCCAUCGGAAGAAAAUUAAUGAAGAAAUUAUUGGAAUUUUGAAUGAACUGGUGGAAGAAGGGGAUAAAGACGUGGAAGAUGACGAGUCAGAUGCUAUCUCAGAUACAUACGACAUGCUGCAUGUGGAACAGGAAGACCUAGAAGAUGGGGAGAUUGACCAAAACAAUAAAUUCGAUGAAGUGCCGGUGACGGGUACAGUGCCAGACUGCCAGUUGAGUUGA